AACGCUUCUUUCAACAGCAGCAACAACAGAUAGUCAGACUCCUCGGUAGCUUGCUAGACAAAAUAGCCGAACCAAUAUAGCUCUUUAGACGCUUUAGUGUAUAUUAGCCACUGUGUUUUAAACCCACUUCUAUCGUCUAGUUAGUUAACCGAUUUAAUUUCAUAUUUACGGUGUUGUUAUUUGUCAGCUAGCGGGCUGGUUGUUAGCAUUAGCCUAGCUAACAUCCCCGACCAUGCGGUCACUAAGCCACUCCCCUGCUAAAGGAGAGGAGGAUAUCACAGUAAAACAAGAAGUAGAGGGUGAGGUCGUUACUGUGAAAGAAGAGGACGCGUUCAGAGUGAAAGAGGAGGAGGAUGUUACAGUAAAAGGAGAGGAGGAUGCAGUUCAUGGAGUGAAAGAAGAGGGAGAGAUAACUGUUACAUCGAAAAAGGAGGAGGAGGAGGAACCUGGAUACCUGGUCCCGGUUUCCCAAACGCAUCCUAAGGCAUCCAAUGGUUCUAACGAUGCAUUUAGCUAUAAAAUGGUUUUGAGAAACCGUUCCCUGAUUAACACUCGAGAGAUAUGGGACUAUCGUGGAUCCUCUGGGGAGCCUCAACAACCUCAUGAUGCUGAAAAGGCAGAGAAGAGUCUCUCCAGAUCAGAACACCUCAAGAAACACCUGCAGAGAUCCACAGGGAAGGGAACUCACUGCUGCUCUGACUAUGGGAAGAAAUUCACCUCAUCGAGCAUUAAAAUUCACCAGAGAACACACACAGGAGAGAAAUCUUAUAGCUGUGGUCAAUGUGGGAAGAGAUAUGCUUCAUCUGGCUCACUGACUAUACACCAUAGAACACACACAGGAGAGAAAUCUUAUAGCUGUGAUCAAUGUGGGAAGAGUUUUAGUCAAUCUGGAGAUCUGACAGUGCACCAGAGAAUACACACAGGGGAGAAACCUUAUAGCUGUGGUCAAUGUGGGAAGAGUUAUGUUCAAUCUAGCCAUCUGACUCUACACCAGAGAAUUCACACAGGAGAGAAACCUUAUAUCUGUGAUCAAUGUGGGAAGAGAUUUGCUGCAUCUGGCUCUCUGACUAUACACCAGAGAACACACACAGGAGAGAAACCUUAUAGCUGUGGUCAAUGUGGGAAGAGCUUUGCUACAUCUGGCUCGCUGACUAUACACAAUAGAACACACACAGGAGAGAAACCUUAUAGCUGUGAUCAAUGUGGGAAGAGUUUUAGUCAAUCUGGAGAUCUGACAGUGCACCAGAGAAUACACACAGGAAAGAAAUCGUGUAGCUGUGAUCAAUGUGGGAAGAGAUUUGCUGCAUCUGGCUCUCUGACUCUCCACCGGAGAAUUCACACAGGCGAGAAACCUUAUAGCUGUGUUCAAUGUGGGAAGAGAUUUGCUGCAUCUGGCUAUCUGACUUUACACCAGAGAACACACACAGGAGAGAAACCUUAUAGCUGCGAUCAAUGUGGGAAGAGUUAUGUUCAAUCUUGCCAUCUGACUCAACACCAGAGAACACACACUGGAGAGAAACCUUAUAGCUGUGAUCAAUGUGGGAAGAGUUUUGUUAGAUCUAACCAGCUGACUUUACACCAGAGAACACACACAGGAGAGAAAUCCUAUAUCUGUGGUCAAUGUGGGAAGAGUUUUGUUCGAUCUGACCAGCUGACAUUACACCAGAGAACACACACAGGAGAGAAACCUUAUAGCUGUGCUCAAUGUGGGAGGUGUUUUACUACAUCUAGCUCUCUGACAGUACACCAGAGAAAACACACAGGAGAAAAACCUUAUAGCUGUGUUCAAUGUGGGAAGAGUUUUGUUACAUCUAACCAGCUGACUUUACACCAGAGAACACACACAGGAGUGAAACCUUAUCGCUGUGCUCAAUGUGGGAGGAGUUUUACUACAUCUAGCUCUCUGACAGUACACCAGAGAACACACACAGGAGAGAAAUCUUAUAGCUGUGACCAGAGAUAGUCUUAUAAAAGAUCUCUGAUCAAAUAUUAGAAAAUACACACAUGAAGGAGUUGUUUCAUGAUUUCAAUGAAUUAAUGUCACAAUGUAGAAUGUUUUAACAUUGUAGUUGGAGUAUUAUAAUGAUGUCACAAUAUAGAACCCUAAAUGUUGGCACCCCCUUAUGAAUUGAUUACAACAUGGUAUGGAUAUUAGCCUCAGGGGAAAAAUCCAGGCUCUGGAAUGGAAGAGUACUAUUUAUGUGAUUUAACAAAAAUUGACAAACAAAAAAAAUAGUUCAAAUUUAUUUAUAUAGCCCUUCUUACAUCAGCUGAUAUCUGAAAGUGCUGUACAGAAAACCCCAAGCAGCAAGCAAUGCAGGUGUCGAAGCACGGUGGCUAGGAAAAACUCCCUGGAAAGGCCAAAACCUAGGAAGAAACCUAGAGAGGGACCAGGCUUUGAGAUGUGGCCAGUCCUCUUCUGGCUGUGCCGGGUGGAGAUUAUAACAGAACAUGGCCAAGAUGUUCAUAAAUGACCAGCAUUGUCAAAUAAUAAUAAUCACAGUAGUUGUCGAGGGUGCAACAGGUCAGCACAUCAGGAGUAAAUGUCAGUUGGCUUUUCAUAGACAAUCGUUAAGAGUAUCUCUAUCGCUCCUGCUGUCUCUAGAGAGUUGAAAACAGCAGGUCUGAGACAGGUAGCACGUCCGGUGAACAGGUCAGGGUUCCAUAGCCACAGGCAUAACAGUUGAAACUGGAGCAGCAGCACGGCCAGGUGGACUGGGGACAGUCAUCAUGCCAGGUAGUCCUGAGGCAUGGUCCUAGGGCUCAGGUCCUCCGAGAGAGAGAAAGAAAGAGAGAUUUGGAGAGAGCAUACUUAAAUUCACACAGGACACCGGAUAAGACAGGAGAAGUACUCCAGAUAUAUCAAACUGACCCUAGCCCCCCGACACAAACUACUGCAGCAUAAAUACUGGAGGCUGAAACAGGAGGGGUCAGGAGACACUGUGGCCCCAUCCGAUGAUACCCCCGGACAGGGCCAAACAGGAAGGAUAUAACCCCACCCACUUUGCCAAAGCACAGCCCCCACACCACUCGAGGGAUACCUUCAACCACCAACUUAUCAUCCUGAGACAAGGCAGAGUAUAGCCCACAAAGAUCUCCGCCACGGCACAACCCGGGGGGGGGGGCAACCCAGACAGGAAGAUCACGUCAGUGACUCAACCCACUCAAGUGACGCACCCACCCCCCCCUAGGGACGGCAUGAAUGAGCACCAGUGAGCCAGUGACUCAGCCCCUGUAAUAGGGUUAGAGGCAGAGAAUCCCCGUGGAGAGAGGGGAACCGGCCAGGCAGAGACAGCAAGGGAGGUUCGUUGCUCCAGAGCCUUUCCGUUCACCUUCACACUCCUGGGUCAGACUACACUCAAUCAGAUGACCUACUGAAGAGAUGAGUCUUCAGUAAAGACUUAAAGGUUGGGACCAAGUCUGCGUCUCUCACAUGGAUAGGCAGACCAUUCCAUUAAAAUGGAGAUCUAUAGGAGAAAGCCCUGCCUCCAGCUGUUUGCUUAGAAAUUCUAGGGACAAUUAGGAGUUGUGUUACACUUACCACGUUGGUGACCCACUUGAAUCAAAAUGCAAUACUUCAAAAUGUGGCGAGCUGUUUUCUACAAAUUGUCCUCUAACCAGGGAUGUACACAUUACUCCCAGAUUCUGUGUGGUUUUUGAGCUGUUAGUUUUAACAGGACGUGCAACCUCAUCUCUCUCGUACAAUUGAUUUUAGCAUGAUAUCAAUGAGUGAUGACAAAUACUUAUUGCAUUCACUUGUUUAGCGACCCCUAAAUUUAAAUGCACCACUCCCAAAUGUAGCUGACUCUUCUGCAGGUUGUCCUUUAACCAGUGAGGUAAAAUAUAUCUCCCAUUUCCAUGUGUUUGUUUUUGUUGUGUCAGUUUCAACAGCACGUACAACCAAAUUUACCCCCUAAUCGAUAUUAGUGAUUUAUUGCUACUUGUCAAAACAACAGUGUUUUUGGUGCUUGAGCAGUUUAUAAGGAGCUUGUUUAAAAAAAUUGGUGUCACCUCGUUAGUCAGUUUGUGUUACAGCUGUGCUGGCUUGUCCAUCUCAUUAGUGGGAAGGUGUUUCACCUGAGCUGGUCCAGGUUCUAUUUAAGAUUGUCUGGUCCAGUGCUCUAGUUGUCUUGAUAGAUGUGGAGAGUCAACACCUUUAGUUGCGCCACCUUUUUCAGUUUGCUUCCUGUUUUUAACUUUUUCUUGUUUUUUUGGAAGAGGUUGGAGAGCCAGGUGUGCUAUUCUCCUUGCGGAGAUGGCGCAGGAAAAAGCGUCACGGUCGGUUCCAGUAGUUGGGCUGGCCAAUACGGUGCGUUUUUCUUGGAGGGAAAGAGAGAUGGAGCCUUGGGGGAGAGAAACCUUUGCGAGGACCAUUCUGAUGGGGCAUCUGAAGUUGAAGGUGAAAGAUGUCCUCUGCCUUCAGGGGAAUCCGGUGGAAAAAGGGUUUGAUGUGACUGUACAUUUGGAAGAACAGCACGACGAGAUUAUGAAGAUUGUGAGGGAAGGGAAAGAAGAAGGACCCCUGUGCCAUUACACGGUGACCAGCCUGGCAAGGAACAACUUCAGGGUGGUCACCGUAACCAUGUACAAUCCGCAUGUGAAGGAUGAAGAGGUGAGGGCCUUUCUGGGGAGAUAUAUGGACAAUGUCUCCUCAGCGAGGUACCUCAGGGACUCCCUGUGUUUCUGGAACGGAAAGAGAGGUUUCCAGGCGUUACUCAGGGAGUCCCCGAAGAGUGUGGAUGGCUACCUCCAUCCUCCGGCGAUGUUCUCCCUGGGGGCUGACAGGGGAACACUCUACUAUGCACGUCAGCCCCCGUUCUGCAGGCGUUGUAUGGCCUACGGCCAUACCCUGACCUCGUGCAGUAACAAGAAAUGUCGGUUUUGUGGGUCGGAAGAGCACGAGGUCAGCGAGUGUGACGAGCCCAAGGCUUGCCACGGGUGUGGCUCCAGAGAACACCUGUGGCGUGAUUGCCUGGCUCGUCACAGGUCAUAUGCGUCUGCAGC